AUGGCUGGCAUCGGUAUAAGCGAGGUGGCCGGCGUCGGUAGUAGCGAGGUGGCCGGCGUCGGUGGUAGCGAGGUGGCCGGCAUCGGUGGUAGCGAGGUGGCCGGCAUCGGUGGUAGCGAGCUGGCCAGCAUCGGUAGUAGCGAGGUGGCCGGCGUCGGUAGUAGCGAGGUGGCCGGCGUCGGUAGUAGCGAGGUGGCCGGCGUCGGUAGUAGCGAGGUGGCCGGCGUCGGUAGUAGCGAGGUGGCCGGCAUCGGUGGUAGCGAGGUGGCCGGCGUCGGUGGUAGCGAGGUGGCCGGCGUCGGUAGUAGCGAGGUGGCCGGCGUCGGUGGUAGCGAGGUGGCCGGCGUCGGUAGUAGCGAGGUGGCCGGCGUCGGUAGUAGCGAGGUGGCCGGCAUCGGUAGUAGCGAGGUGGCCGGCAUUGUUGUAGCGACUGAACUGAUAGUGGUUGAGAUGAUCUACAUGAGCAGUUAUGAAGCAAACAGUUAUUGUUUAGCUAUGCUCUUAUCACAGUUGUAA